AUGUGUAUUAAAUUUUUAUUUGCAAAACUGCAGCAACAAACAUGGAACUCUACGAUCGCACCCCUGUCUAGUUUCGCAACUAAUGUUAGCUCUAGUGUAGCUACUAGGUCUAGUGUACAAAGCAGUGCUACUGUAGUUGCUAGCUCUUGUUCGACUUUACCAACAUUUUCUCCUUCGACAAAUGCCAACUCAUAUCCAUGUGGUAGCGAGGAAAAUAAAGUGGAACAAAGUAACUCUAUUGAAGAGUUUAGUGACAAAACAUUAGACUCGAUAGAUUGUGAAGAGCAGUCUACUGCCUCUUUGGAUAAUACUAUUGAGACCAAAGAGGCUGUAUGUUCCGGGUCACUUCAUGUCGAGCAAUCUGAUGGGGGUGAUAUCACUGAGGAGCCAAAGCUAGGGAUGUGCUUUGAGUUGGAGAAUGCGUUGAUGGAUUUUUAUAAACAUUAUGGAAAACAAGAAGGUUUUCCGGUUAUGACACAAAGGAGUAAAAGAGAGAAAGAUGAGACUAUCAAAUAUGUUACUCUGGGAUGUGCUCGUGGUGGCAAGGCACGGAAUAGAACAUCAAAUAUCUCAAGGCCUCGGCCAACAAGCAAGACGGACUGCAAGGCAAGGAUGAAUGUAGUGCUCAAGAAUGGGAAGUUGUGUGUCACAUCAGUUUUUAACACACACAAUCAUGUACUCAGUCCAAGAAAAACAAGAUUCUUCAGAUGCAACAGAGAAGUUAAUGAGUCAGUUAGGAGGGUGUUGGAUACAAAUGAUCAGGCUGGCAUACGGAUGAAUAAGAGUUUUCAAGCUCUUGUGACUGAGGCAGGUGGGUUUGAGAAUGUAUCAUUUGGAGAAAAAGAUUGUCGUAACUAUAUUGAUAAGGCACGACACCUACGUCUAGGUAAAGGUGGUGCUCAAGCACUGUUGGAAUAUUUUAUAAGGAUGCAAUACAAGAAUGAUGACUUUUUCAGUAUUAUGGAUGUGGAUGAGGAUGAUAGGCUGAGAAAUGUGUUUUGGGCGGAUGCCCGUAGUAGAGGGGCUUACUACUAUUUUGGAGAUGUGGUAACAUUCGAUACCACAUACUUGACAAAUAGGUAUGGCAUGCCAUUUGCACCUUUCGUGGGUGUAAACCACCAUGGACAAUCAAUUCUUUUGGGUGCAGGCCUUAUUUCAAGUGAGGAUACCGAAUCAUUUGUUUGGUUAUUUAAAAGUUGGCUUGAUUGCAUGGAUGGAAAAGCACCAAAUACUAUUAUUACAGAUCAAGAUCGCGCAAUGAAAAAUGCGAUUGCCAUUGUUUUUCCCAACACGCGACAUAGAUAUUGCUUGUGGCACAUAUUGAAAAAGGUCCCUGAGAAACUUGGUUCCCAUACUCAAUACCAAUCUGGGCUGAAAAGUAAGUUACUAUCUUGUGUCUAUGACUCCCUUACUAUUGAGGAGUUUGAGAAUUCUUGGAACAUCCUCAAGGAUACAUUCAACUUGCAUGAAAAUGCUUGGCUGCAAAGCUUAUAUGCAGAGAGAGAGUUUUGGGUGCCUGUAUAUUUAAAGAACACAUUUUGGGCUGGGAUGAGUACAACUCAGCGCAGUGAGAGCAUGAACGCUUUCUUCGACGGCUAUGUGCAUGCCAGGACAAACCUUAAAGAGUUUGUUGAUCAGUUCGACAAUGCAUUGAAGAAAAAAAUUGAGAACGAAAAUCAAGCAGGCUUUCAUUCUUUCAACUUCACUAUUCCUUGCAUAUCACACUUGGGUCUUGAGAAGAAGUUUCAAGAUGUGUACAGAAAUGAAAAAUUUAGAGAGGUUCAACAAGAGAUAAUGGGAAUGAUUUAUUGUCAUUGUCGUUUCGAGAAAAUGGAUGGAGUAAUCGCUACUUACUCGGUUGAUGAUGAAAUUAAGGCUGAAAAUUUCAUUAAGGAGGUUACUUAUACUGUUUUGUUUAAUGAGGCCGAGUGUGAGGCAAAGUGUAUUUGCGGGUUGUUUGAGAUGCGGGGGAUAAUUUGUAGACAUAUUCUUGCCAUCUUUUCAGCUAGGAAAGUCCGGGAGUUGCCGGAAAAGUACAUAUUGGACCGAUGGAGAAAGGACAUAAAACGUAGGUAUAGUAUUAUUCCGAGCAGUCAUGACGUUGCUGACCAAAGACCAGAAACAGUUAGGUAUAAACGUCUAUUGAAGAUUUGUUAUGAGGUAAUAACAAAUGCAUGCUCUCAAGAUGGGCAUACUGAGGACAUGGUAUCGAAGUUGUAUGCGAUGAAUGACGUAUAUUGCACCUCGAAGCCCCACAAGAUACAAGAGAAGAAUGUUGGAGAUAGUACCAUGAAUGCAGCCACGAAAGGAAGUUCGAAAAAUGUGCUAAGUCCUAAUGUUAGGCGUGAAUUGGACACCGAACUGAUGGAAAGUAGUGGAAAUCAACUUGGCCCAUCAAGAAUGAGUUUGCAAGAAAACUUGGGGACACAAGAAAGUAUGCAACUUAGGAUGGAUGGAACACAGCCAGAGAUGGCAGAUGGAACACAGCCAGAGACGGCUUAUGGAACACAGAUGGAGACGAGGGAUUCAACGCAGCCGGAGACGAUACAUGCCACAACUGCAGGAUGA